GGAAGAAUGUGAUCACACGGAGGAGCUGCUUCUGAGGCGCGAGUCCGAGGCUGAAAAAUGUUCUUCAUUCUGCUGACGUCACUGUGGACACUUUGCACCGGAGCAGGAGAUUGGUGCUACCAGUCUCAGUUCACCUGUGAGCAACAAUGUAACGCACCAGAGAAGUGGGAUCACGCUUCCAGCGACUGCAUGGGACUCGCUCAGUCACCCAUCAACAUUGUGACCAGAAGGACGGUGCCAGAUGAACGGCUGACCCCGCUGAAGUUCAGGAACUACCAGGAGACAUUCAGAGGAGUCAUUAAGAAUAACGGGCACUCAGUUCAGGUUGCAGUUCCUCACCACGCCACCAUCUCAGGCGGAGGUCUGUCGACUGAAUAUAAGGCGGUGCAGUUCCACCUGCACUGGGGCAAGAAUGGAGGCCCGGGCUCUGAACACACCAUUGAUGGAGACCAGUAUCCAAUGGAGAUGCACAUUGUUCACAUGAAGCAUCAUUACACUGAUCUGAAAACAGCUCUGUUGGACAAAGAAGGAGUUGCUGUUCUUGGAUUUUUCUACGAGAGGUCCAGAAGUGCAAACCGAAAGUACGACGCCAUCAUCAGUUCACUGCAAAACAUCAGAGCAACAAACAGAAAUGUGUCUCUGCUUCCCAUCUCACUGGAGCAGCUGAUGCCGUUGCAGCAGAACCUGACGAGCUACUACCGCUACAAAGGUUCUCUGACAACGCCGGGCUGCACAGAGUCUGUGAUUUGGACCGUGUUUGAGAACCCCAUCCCUAUGAGCAUAGAACAGCUUCAGGCCUUCUCCGAACUCAAGUUCAAGGAUGGAAAGGCAAUGGUUGGAACUUUCAGGCCCGUCCAGCCACUGAAUAGUCGAGUGGUGUACAGGUCAGGAGUUGUGACAAUCGUGUCCAGUGCCAUUCUCCUUUUGGCUGCUGUUGCUGCAUCCUUGACCCUGCCCAACCCCAACUAGAAUAUUGCAUCCCUGCAACACCGAUGAAGGCAAUAAGUUCUGAAAUACUCCUCAGCUGAAAAUUGGUCCCUAACAACUUCAUCGCAUUGGUUACCAGGACGAACCGUCACGUUAUAGUGCCGGCACGACUCACCCAGAAUUCCUUCCCUCAUGACACAUAUGACAAAGGAAGAACACCUUCAGAAAGGUGCCAUAAGGGUUGGAUAAGCAUUAAUGGGUCUGGAGUGAAGUAGUUUUUAUGUCCAGCAUUAUGAAUGUGCCAUGAAGCAGGUUCUUCCUACAGAGUCAUCAGUCUCACAGCAACAAAGGUUUCAGGCCUUAAACUUAAACUUUCACAGCAUGCAUAUCAAUCAUUGUUGUGCACUUUAGACUUCAUCCACCUUUUCCAAUGUCAGGUAAAUUUAGUUUCUGCUAAUGUUUGAGCCGUGCUCUGAUUGUUUGCUCUGUCAGGGCCGGUGUCCACGCCACCACUUGGCACAUGAUAUGUUGAUCUUAAUGGGGCAUGUGAACAGCAAAGAGCUAUUAAUAGCAGAACUGAGUCAUAAAAACAAGGUCCAUUUCAAAACCAGGGGUCAAAGAGUCAGCACUUUGGCUGUUUGUUUAAAGUCCACCAACAGGUGAACGAUUCACUACUGGAAAAGUGAGGGAUGGAGGCUUUUGCUUUUCUCCACUGGAGUCCAUUUUCAGGGGGAGAUCCAUGAUGUGUUUCAUUCCUUCUCCUCACGCCGAAGGUGCUCUGACAGAGUGUCACCGAAUGAGUGACAGCUCAGAUUUUGGUGGAUUAGCAUAUCUGGAGCAGAUCACAGUCACUUUCAUGCCACACACAUGCUCAUGCUGCA